GAGGCUGCGAGGAUGGCGGCGCGCAAGGGUCGGCGGCGCACGUGUGAAACCGAGGAGCCCAUGGAGGCCGAGUCCCGCGACGCUGGGUCCGAGGGCCCGGCCCAGGUCUAUCUGCCCGGCCGGGGACCGCCGCUGCGCGAAGGAGAGGAGCUGGUCAUGGACGAGGAGGCCUACGUGCUGUACCACCGAGCGCAGACCGGCGCCCCCUGUCUCAGCUUUGACAUAGUCCGGGAUCACCUCGGGGACAAUCGCACCGAGCUUCCUCUGACACUCUACCUGUGUGCCGGGACCCAGGCGGAGAGCGCCCAAAGCAACAGAUUAAUGAUGCUUCGGAUGCACAAUCUGCACGGGACCAAGCCCCCACCAUCAGAGGGCAGCGAUGAGGAGGAGGAGGAGGAAGAUGAAGAGGAUGAAGAAGAUCGGAAGCCUCAGCUGGAGCUGGCCAUGGUGCCCCACUAUGGAGGCAUCAACCGAGUUCGGGUGUCUUGGCUGGGCGAGGAGCCGGUGGCUGGGGUGUGGUCAGAGAAGGGCCAGGUGGAGGUGUUUGCGCUGCGGCGGCUUCUGCAGGUGGUCGAUGACCCCCAGGCCCUGGCCGCCUUCCUCCGCGAUGAGCAGGCGCGCACGAAGCCCAUCUUCGCCUUCGCCGGCCAUAUGGGCGAGGGCUUUGCCCUGGACUGGUCCCCCCGUGUGCCCGGGCGCCUGCUGACGGGUGACUGUCAGAAGAACAUCCACCUCUGGACGCCCACGGACGGCGGCUCCUGGCAUGUAGACCAGCGGCCCUUCGUGGGCCACACACGCUCCGUGGAGGACUUGCAGUGGUCCCCGACCGAGGACACGGUAUUCGGCUCCUGCUCGGCUGACGCCUCCAUUCGCAUCUGGGACAUCCGGGCCGCCCCCAGCAAGGCCUGCAUGCUCACCGCCGCCGCCGCCCACGAUGGGGACGUCAACGUCAUCAACUGGAGCCGCCGGGAGCCCUUCCUGCUCAGCGGCGGGGAUGACGGGGCCCUCAAGGUGUGGGACCUGCGGCAGUUCAAGUCUGGCUCCCCGGUGGCCACUUUCAAGCAGCACGUGGCCCCUGUGACCUCUGUCGAGUGGCACCCCCAGGACAGCGGGGUCUUCGCAGCCUCGGGUGCAGACAACCAGAUCACACAGUGGGACCUGGCGGUGGAGCGGGACGCCGAGGCGGGCGACGCGGAGACCGACCCCGGGCUGGCGGACCUCCCCCAGCAGCUGCUGUUUGUGCACCAGGGCGAGACCGACCUGAAGGAGCUGCACUGGCACCCGCAGUGCCCCGGGGUCCUGGUCAGCACCGCCCUGUCCGGCUUCACCGUCUUCCGCACCAUCAGCGUCUGAGCGCCGCCUGGCCGCGUUGGCCUGG